AUGGCCACCGGCAGCGAGGACGACCCGACGCUCACGCCCACGCCCACGUCCACGGUCAAACCCGGGCUCACGCUCAACCUCGGCCCCCUGACAACGACAUUCGUGCCCCCAGAGAACUGCGACGCCCUCACGCUCGGCAUGUACGAAGACCUACCACAGACGACGGAGACGUCGACCCUCGUCCGUUGGAACCGCGGGUACGAGUGCCCGACCACGUACCACGGCACCCUCCAGCUCAUCUCGUCGUGCUACCCACAGCGCUACGGCCCCGCGUACGACAACAUCAAGGACUGGAUGGGCCCCAACGCCGUGUGGCCCUUCUACUCCCCGGGGCUCCUCUGCCCGUCGGGCUACUCGACCGGCUGCACCAUGAUCUACAGCCCCCCCGGGGCCACCGAGUCGCUCCCGACCGCCUACCCGACCGCCUUCCCGACCUCGACGUCGUACGCCACCGUGUCCACGUGGACCCUCCUGUCCAAGGGGCAGACAGGGUACGGCUGCUGUCCAAUCGGCUACCGGUGCGACACCCCGUACACGUGUAUUUCGACGCCGUCGCUCUCGGCCACCAUGACCGGAGACAUGACCCAGGGCUGCCCGGAAAAAAGCAUAAAGACCCGAACAACCAGCACCUUUGUCAUAUCCAGCAAGAUGUGGCCCUUUGUCUACGCGCCGCAGGUGGUUCUCAUCCAGGGAAACGACACCAGCACCGCCGCCGCCGCCGCAUCGAGCCCGUCCGGCCCGUCAACAACCUCGAGCGCCUCUCGCGACGGCGACGCGCAGGCCGGCCUGAGCACCGCGGCAAAGGCGGCCAUCGGAACCGCUGUCCCCCUCAUCUUCAUCGCCCUAGCGCUGGCGGCGUAUAUAUUCUACCGCCGAAGGAACCGCAGCAAGGCCCGGGCCGAGGCGGCAUCCGAGCAGGGGAGCGGCUUUCCGGGUAUGAAUAAGCCCGAGUUGGAUGCGACGCCCUCCCCCUUUGCACUCUCGCUUGGCCCUGGGAGCGAACUGGACGGGACGCCUCGCCCUUCACCCCCCGGUGACGAUUCCACCGCAGCGAGGGGUCGAGUGUCUGAGCUGCCGGGGCCGGGCAUCGCGAGGUUCGUGGGGCCCAUGUGUGAGUUGCCGGGCGAUGAGAAAUUUGCCAGGAGACCAGCACAGCCGAAAGGGUCGGAUGGGGUUGUUGCUGCUGAUGAUGAAGGGGGCAAGAUUGGACACGGUGCUUCCAUAAACGGCGCAUCCGAACCAAAGGCACACGAUACCAAGGACAUGGAUGUUGAUAAGAGCAGUAGGGGUGGAAAAGACAAGUGA